AUGUUCAGCUCGAUGCUCGCCGCAGACUUUACGGGUAAGCCGCACCGUGACGCGCUCGACUGCUCGGACAUGCGAAGGCACCAAGACCUGGCUUCAGAACGCGAUCCAUGGACGCCAAGCAACGUACUGAUGCAGAUUCUAUCUCGAGAGUCGACGGCUAAAAUUGCUAGCUGCAGUGCACACUUUGGUAUAAGGGUCAAGCAGCUGUCACAGCGAUGGCAUCCUGAAGCCAGCAGACGUAGUCUGGUCCUGACGAUCCGGAGCGGAAAAGAAGAAGUAGAGUUUAUGGACGCUGCAGCACACAUGACGUACAACUCAACAAAGCGCGCGCAGGCUGUUGGAAUUCAGAAGGGAUCAGCACAUGGAGAACGUGCAAUAAUAUACGAAUACGAGCGUGACUUCAAAAAUGAGGGAAACGAUGCGCAGCAGAAAAUGGGGGAAGCGAUGCGCAAACAGUCCGAAGCACUCGAAGACAGCGGAGUGUGGCGCUAUUUUAAGCGAUCACCGAGCAACAUCGUACCGGGUUGUCACGACAAAACCGAUGCACAUGUGUCAAAGUAG